CUUUUAGGACAUGUCAAGCCCUUUAUUCAUCUUGCAAUAAAGCUUGCAUCCAAAGUCACCAUCACUUUCAUCAACACAGAAUCAAUCCACCAUCAAAUAACAAAAGCUGCUCAUGAUAAUCAGGAUGAAGCUCAUCAGCUACCCAGAACCAUGAACACCACAGAACAUGAUAUCUUCUUCGAAGCACGUCAAUCCGGUCUAGAUAUUUGCUACGCAACUGUAAGUGAUGGAUUUCCUUUAGGGUUUGAUGGGUCUCUUAACCAUGACCAGUUCAUGGAAGGCCUUUUGCAUGUCUUCUCAGCUCAUGUUGAUGAUAUUGUUGGGAAGAUAGUUCAGACAAACCCUACUGUCAAUUGCUUGAUAGCUGACACUUUUUAUGUGUGGUCAUCUAUGAUUGCCCAGAAGUAUAAUCUUGUUAAUAUCUCAUUUUGGACUGGACCAGCUUUGAUUUAUACUCUUUACUACCAUUUGGAUCUCCUCAACAUUAAUGGGCAUUUUGCUUCCGGUGAUAAACGGGAAGAUGCCUUAGAUUAUAUACCUGGAGUGGAAGGUAUCAAGCCAAGGGACUUGAUUUUAUAUCUUCAUGCAACUGAUGCAACAACUAUAAUGCACGAAAUCAUAUACAAGGCAAUAUUUGAGGAUGCUAAAAAAGCAGACUUCAUUCUUUGUAACACAAUACAGGAGCUUGAAUCCAAAACAAUCUCAGGUUUACAACAAAAGCAACCAUUUUAUCCAAUUGGCCCACUUUUUCCUACUGGCUUCACCAAGAUUACUGUGGCUACUAGCCUAUGGUCCGAGUCAGACUGCACCCAAUGGCUCGAACACAAGCCUCAUGGAUCAGUUUUAUAUGUCUCAUUUGGCAGCUAUGCCCAUUGUAGUAAAGAGGAAAUUGUGGAGAUAGCCCAUGGGCUCUUGCUAAGUGAAAUGAGUUUUAUUUGGGUACUUCGCCCUGAUAUUGUGAGUUCUGAUGAUACUGAUUUUCUACCUGAUGCAUUUGAGAGUGAGAUCAAAGAUAAAGGGUUGAUCGUGCCAUAUCCAGCCGUUGGUGGGUUCUUAACACACUGUGGAUGGAAUUCAAUAUUGGAAAGCAUAUGGUGCAGUAUACCAUUGCUUUGUUAUCCUCUAUUGACUGAUCAAUUCACUAAUAGAAAAUUAGUGGUUGAUGAUUGGAAAAUUGGGCAAAAUCUUUGUGACAGGAAGCCAAUAACAAGGACCGAGGUUGCUGAAAAGAUCAACAGGUUAAUGCAUGGAAAGACAGCUGAUGACUAGAGAAAGAAUAUCAAGCAAGUCAAAGAGAUACUAGAGGUUGCAAUAUCAACCGUUGGACCAUCAGAAAAGAAUUUCAACCAAUUUAUUGGUGAUGUGAAGGCUAAAUUUCACUUGAAGGGGGGCUUCCAAGCCUGA